UGAACUAACUUGGCUUUGUCUUUCAGGGAUGCUGACCUGUCACUGAUGGGGUCUUACAAACUUCUGUUGCCUAAUAUUACUUAAUGCCUCCAUGGAGGUCAUCCAGGCCACCCAGGUUUCCUUGCUGCCUCAGGAAACCCCUGCAGCUACCUGGAGCAACAGCUCUGUCCCCCCCUACUCCCAUUUCCUGCUCCUCUCCACUCCCUCUGAACCGCUUCUCAGCUUCACUCCAACCAAUGGCUCUUUUAUCUUUAACACCUGUCAGAACUGUACUGGACCUGAACCUGGAUCACUCCCUGGUUUGGCAGGAAUCUUCAUUCCUCUUAUCUAUGGGAUAGUCUGCAUUGUUGGCUUGGUGGGGAAUACACUGGUCAUUCAUGUUGUAGUCAACUACACCAAGAAUGAAUCAGUCACCAACAUCUAUAUCCUUAACUUAGCCAUUGCAGAUGAGCUCUUUAUGCUGGGCCUGCCCUUCUUGGCGGUACAGAACGCUCUGCUUUUCUGGCCCUUUGGCUCUCUAAUGUGCCGUGUGGUCAUGACAGUGGACGCCAUCAACCAGUUUACCAGUAUCUUCUGCUUAACUGUGAUGUCAGUGGACCGUUACCUGGCUGUGGUGCACCCUAUCCGCUCCUCCUGGUGGCGGCGUCCCCAUGUGGCCAAGGCCAUCAGUGCUACAGUUUGGGUGGGGUCCUUUGUGGUGGUGCUGCCAGUGGUGGUAUUUGCUGAUGUGCUGAAGGAUGAUGGGAACUGCAGCAUCGUGUGGCCUGAGCCAGCAGAAGUGUGGAAGACAUCUUUCAUUGUGUACACGAGCACUGUUGGUUUCUUCUGCCCCCUGCUGGUCAUCUGCUUGUGCUACCUGCUGAUCGUCAUUAAGGUACGAAGUGUUGGAAAACGGGCACAGGCCACAUCCUCUCGACGCAGGAAGUCAGAGCGUAAAAUCACAAGGAUGGUAGUUGUUGUGGUGGCAGUGUUUGUUCUCUGCUGGCUACCGUUCUAUGCUCUGAACAUUGUAAACCUCUUGGAGGUCCUGCCAGGGGACUUCAGGGGGCUCUACUUCUUUGUUCUUGUGCUCUCAUAUGCAAACAGCUGUGCCAACCCCAUACUGUAUGGAUUUCUGUCUGACAACUUCAAGAGAGGCUUCAGGAAGGCCCUGUGCCGUACGUCACGCAGGGUGAAGAACAACGACAGGGCCGGCACUGAGGUACCGCGGCCCACAGAGGAGUGGGGUGGCAUUGUGCUUCAAACACAAAAGUGUGAAGGAGCCACCAAUGUGCACAGGAAAGACUGUGGUGAAAAUGAAGAAGAGGAGGAAAUCAGUGGAACAGAAGGGGCCAUGCAGAUGAGUGAAAUGUGCAAAAUAUCAGAAAACGGAAACCACAGUGGAGUAAGAGAGGGCUCAAGGACACAGGUCAUACAGAGGGGUAAACCUGAGCCAGGGCACUCUGGAGAACUGACUGGAAAAGGCUCAGACUUUGAUCGCGCUGAUGUAAUGUCCACUAUGGCCAGUAAAAGUAGAAACAACAGGUCACAACCUGAAGAAUUCCCAGACAAAAACUCUGUGCUUGAAAUCAGCUAUCUCUAACAGAUCUGAACAUGUUUCUGUAGAUUUACUCAGACACAUUUGAAUGAGAUGUGAAUAUCACACACAAAUGUAGAUUGUGACAGUGAAAGCAUUUUUGCCAUGGUAUAAGAAUGUAACAAUAAUUAUCUGAAACUUUACAUUGAAAACUGCAAAAAGUAUUAUGAAGUACAGUAUGUGGUUAUUGUUGCAAAUAGUAAGACAUGCAGAAACACUGGUAUGAUCAAGGCUGACGGUUCAUUUCUGAGAUUUUGACUUUUUUUUCUUGCUGUUACGGUAACUUAAAAUCCCAGCUUUUAUACCUAAAUACCCAUCAAACAUUGAUGUAACCCUGUACAUGUUGUUCUGGAUUCAGUGACAUUUUACACUGAAAGACCAUAAGUAAUUUAUUUAUUGCUGACAUGUUGAAGACUGACAAAAAAAAAAAAAAAAAAUCAGGAACAUCUUGUACUGAAAUGGCUAAUGCACUGUAUGAAUCAUGUCCCAGUGGGAGAUACCACAACUAAUGAUCCAUUGUGAAAUUAAAAAUCAACAGUUUUUAUCUCUUACUUUUCUGCUUUGGCUUUUACAACAGCCCACAGAGGUAAAUUAGACUGUUCGUAUUGAGGGGGUUUCAAGAAGAAACAGAUUUAUAGUCUCUAUGUCCUGUGACUGUUUGACUUGAAUGUUUGUUCAUUUUAUUUUACUGUCAAAUUUAAAAUAUGGUGGUAUGAACUGCACGUCAAACACCAAUUUAAUUACAUGCAUUUUAAACUUAAAUCCUCUCAAACAUUAAAGGAACAUUUAGAUGAAGAGGAUGAAACAUAUCUAUUACAUGGACUCAAUUCUUUUUAACACCCACAAUAAAUAAUAUAUCUCUGGAGCAUAACACUAACAACUUUUAACUUUUGUGACAUUAUUCUAAAGUGUCAUUUUUAUCAAGGAUAUUUCCUUGAAAGAUUUGCUGCUUUGUGCUCGUGGUUAAAACACUGUGCUGUGGCAAUGUAAAGACACUGGACUGAUUGUAAUGGUUGACAUAAUAAGGAUGAGUAUUGUAGUGUAUUUUGAACCUAUGUAAGGCUAAUAGAUUAAUCAUAUCCCAGAUUGACAGAUCAUAUGAGGUUAAUUUACCACAUAGUUGCUUGCGUUGUUGUCUGUGAUUGCAAAAGGUAUAGUGUUUGUAUUAAGGUGUUGUAUUAUCAGCAGUGUUGUAAGAGCUUUGGUUAAACACUACACUGAGUUGUGUGGUGAGAGUGGGCUAAAUAAAUGUUUACACAACAUAUUGUAUCUAAAUAUUUUUGUACUACAGUAAAAUCUUAUGUUGUAUGUGGUAUGAACUACUGCACAUAGUAUGUACACGAAUAUAGUAUGUUCAUGACAUGUAUGUAACUGUAACACUGUGUAACAUCAUUAUGACUUAUCAACUGUAUAUUGUUCUUCAGGAAAGACUAAAACUAAUAAAAACUCGCCUUCGCUUUAUUUCAAAAUACAACUUUUGCUAGAGAAAAUCAGAGCUCUAACCAAUGUCUGUCCACUUUUAGGACUGAUGUGGAGUUUUCAAACAAGUCAGAGCUGAGGCAGUUUGUUUAACUUGAACAUGAGACCAAGACUGCCCUCUAGAGGUAAAGAUACUUAAGGGAAAAAAAAAAUCAAGCCUCAAAUUAUUGUUUCACAAAA